AUGUACGCUACGCUACGCGACCCCGAGCUCAAGAUAUCCCUCGCUGCAGUGCUUCGAAGCCCAAACCCCCUCAUCGUCAUCGCAAGUAAUGGCAAGGUUCUGCCCUUCACGGACCAGAUUCCUAUGUCGUCUUCCUCCCUGCCUACUUUGAGCUGCCGCUCGAGUGGUCUUGCAAAUCUUCGUCAAAUCAUCCACCCCCGACGUCGAGCCCUGUCGGUUCACCCCAUCCAUCCUACUUACCACUACUACCACCUCCCUCUCUCCUAUACUCGCACCCAUGUCGACCCCGUGGUGUUCGACGCCGACAUCCUCUCGCGCCUGCCCCCCUCCCAAUCCAGGAAACUCGCGCAUGGUCGAACUGAGAAGCAAGCAGGACCUUACGUCGACGACACGAGGGCUGAGUGGGUCGUUGGGAGUGGGUCGGUGGUCAUUUAG